AUAGGAUGGCUUGAGAUCAUUUGAAUUUUUGGUUGAACUAACCCUUUAAUAAGGUUAUGUUCAAACAGAGUUAUUUAUGGGAUUGACAAAGUUCUAUAACCGAAUUCAGGUCUGUAAAUUUACAGAACUCACAAACACAUUCUUGGAAAACCGUUUCUUGUGUGAACGGAACUACUGUAGAUUCAGUCACUAUUCUCCACCGGAGCUACUCCCAUCAUUUUUGUGUUCUACGCGCAACUCUCCAAAGCUGUUGUCGGUCAAUAAAGAUUUGACAAAUGAACUUUUGACUCGAUUGGACUUUUCACUUUUCUGGACAUCACCAUCUUUGAUAUUACUUUGCUCAUUUUCGCCAUGGUAAGAGAAUACAGGCUUGACUCCCGUUGCACGUUCAAACAGAUAGCAUUCGAGACGCCACUGUAAGUUGCUGUCUGAACGGGAUAUUUCGAGACUCACACCUGUAAGUAAAUGCGGCUGUCAAUCCCAAAAACUGAAAGUGUGGACAUAGCCUGUAUGUUAGACCCAGUCUCGUUUUCCAGCAGCUUUUCUAUGUCAGAAUUGACCAUCCAGGUCCAGGACUCACCCAGAACCGCCUCUAGUACUUUCCCUGAUGGUUGCAUGGUGGCUCUGUGGAGUGGAAGAAGUCCACUACUGUCCACUUCCCUAAAGGCUGAAGGAAAUCGUCUGAGCUCAUGGAUGACUGCAGUAUCACCUUAUUGUCAGGAUACAUGAAGAGAUUUUAGACAUAUCGGCGAAACUCUCUUGAGAACUUCUAGGCACCCUUUCAAAAAGGGCAGUUCUAUGAGGAACUUAUAAGAACUUGCAAAUUCUCUGAUAACUCAACAACAUCUUAUGGGAGAGACUUAAAUACACAAUAGGACAGGGGUGAGCAUUCCUGCUCCUGGAGGACUGCUGUCCUACUGAGUUUUGCUCCAGGCCUGAACCAAGGUCAUCCAGGGCUGCAUCCGAAUGCUUAGGCAACUGACUUUUUGCCUCUCUGUUCUUGGUCUAAUAAACUACAACAACAAAAAAGAGAGCUUUGGUGAUAACUUAGAAUUUUCUAGACAGGAACAUUGGGACAAGCUGGAGAACUCCGCCCAGGGGUGUGUUUCCCAAAAGCAUCAUUAGUCAACUAUGGUUGCAAGUUCCAUUUAACUCUAUUGUUAAUGACAGAACAUGGGAGUUGGCUUUGGGAAACACACCCCAGAACCAGGAAAUGAUACCCCUGGAUUAGGAUAUCUGCACCUUCAGAAGGGUCCAGAGGUCCUCAAGUGGGUUCUGCAAGUGUUGCAAUCUGAGGAAACUCAAGUAUCUCUUCAUUUUUUUUUAUGGUGAUAGAACAGAAAUAAAAUAUUUCAAGGCAUUAAUACAUUACCUGUUUCGAUUGCUGCCAGCAGUUUCAAAUUCUCAUCACUGGCUGAGCUUUAUGAAAACAAUAAGCAUCUGAGAGAAAGUAUUUUGCAAUACUUUUUGCUAUUUUAACUUUUCAGUUUCCUUCAAAGCAUGUUGUACAUACAAUAUAUAGAACAUACAUAGCCUACCUGUAUUCAUCUUCAUUCAUCUUGUCCGACAAAAUAUAUCUAGAAAAUGUGUCCGAAUCAGAGGCCAUAACAUUAAAGCAUCAGUGACUGUUGGAGCUCAUCAGAGCCGAAUACAACUAAAGUAAUAUAAUUGCAAACAUGAACCUUUCAUUAAACUGCAGGCUUACCUUUGUGACUUUCUUGUUCCUAGUGACAUGAGCUUUUAUAUUCAAGCAUGACCUGCUUUUAUUGCCAAUGAAAUGCCAUGCUACAAAUGCCAUGCAUUAGGUACAGUACAGUCUGUUUCUAUUGUAGUCACUCUAACACACACCUGGAUAAAAUGUUUUCUAGGAAGUGACACAUGAGAUGAUUCACUUUUAUUUUUUCCCCCACAAUACUUUUUUAAUUAAAUCCCCAAAUAUAACAUAAUCCUAAUCUAAUCUGCAAGCUGAAACUGUGUUUCAUGAUUUUAGAGGCAUAUCACAGGCACGCCAGGGGGCAGGAUCAUGUCAUGUGACAUUAAGCUUGAUUCAUUCGGUAAUUCGGUUCGGAACUGUUUCCAAAAGCAUCUUGUUUUUAAUGUUUGUGUAGUAAAGCUGGUACUUUAUCGCUGUUUUAUUAGGUUAUAUAGCCUGCAUGGUGUAAAGUAAAUUGUGUUAACAUAAUAGCUGGCCUAACAAAACAAAAGCACCGUGGUAUUUCGGACAUGUUAGGCCUACAAUGUUUUUGUUUAUUGCAACACAUUCUUUGAAAUAUCCUGUAAAUGGCAUGGUAGGCUACAUACACCAACAAUUACACUGAAUAUUAAUGUAUAUGAUGGUAUCUGUAGACUAAGGGAAAUCCACCAUUCUUCCCUGUUUUUGUUAAUUAAUAAAGUUAAUUGUGUAAAAUUAUUUAUAAUAAUGUUAAUAGAGCUGUAACGAUUUCGCUUCACGCUUAAACAAAGUAAUUCCGCUGAAUUACACAUGCUUUGCGAAUCGGUUCAACCGACUCGGAUUCUGUUCACAAAAGAAUCGGUUCAAUUGAUUGACUCAUUUGAGAAUCGGACAUCACCAUAGCAGCGGCCAAACACUGUCCAGACUCGGUGUGAGAAAUGUGUCAUGUCAGAGCAGCAGCAGAGUGAAACUGAACCCGCGGAGCAAAGAAUGUCACAAGAAGUCAUUCAGACAGAGACUGGUCAUGAGGAAGAUGAUGAUGCUGAGGACCAAAGACUUCAAAACGAUAGAAACCAACAAGGAGGCGAAACCAACCAGAUAAUUUCCUCCAGUGAUGUUGGAAACUCAACAGCAACGGUUAAGAUCUUGCUGAUGCCAGAGAGGCACAUGAUAACGGUGGCCUUCACAAUUGGCCUCUCAAUCCUGGAUCUGAAAAAACACUUCAGCUUCAAGCUGAGGGUCCCAUUAGACAUCAUACAAAUCACUUUAGACGAAAAAAGUGUAGAUGAUGACCAGACGCUGAUGGAUAUUGGCGUACAGCCACAUGGGAUGGUCCAAUUUGAGAUGAGCUCGCUAGACCCGGAGAAUUACCCUAUGAGACCAGACAAACCACAGCAAGAGUACAACAUGCCGGAUGUCAUCACUGUCAGAGUGCAAACAGAUACAGAGACAUAUCAGGACGUGGUGGUGGAGAUAGAGAGAGCCACUCGCAGGAAGGCAUUUCUGGGAGGAUUCCGUCAUACGGUGACCAAAACCGAGUAUCAUAAUGCUGCUGUACAGACGAUCCCUAAGAAGAGGCCUGACAGGGGCAUUGAGUGCUUCAGCAGGGAUACACAGACGGUGGAGUUGAAACACCAGGAUCAGCAGUGCUAUAGGAACGCCUCGACUCAGAUGACCAAAAUCGGCUGUUACGUGUCCAACAUGGAGGACAAGCUCAUCACCCCAGGGACUUACAUCACUGCAGAAGAGUAUCACAGCAAGAGAUUGAGAGCUGUCAUUAAACUACAGUCACAUGUCAGGCGCUGGCUAGCCAAGUGUUUCACGGAUAACUUGAGACAGGCUAAAGAUCAGCACCUGGCAUGGAUGGAAAAUGAAAAGAGAAGAAAGAAAGAGGAGAAAGAACAGCAGAUCAGAGAUGAAUAUCGCCGCAGGAUGAAGCCGGAGUCGAAGGGAGACUUUGAUCUGCUUUAUAACGCCUUGAAAAAAUGGAGGGAAGAGGAAGUGGAACGCAUCAAUGUCACCUUAUCUGGUGCGGAGAGAAAGGCAGCGCUGUGCGCUCUACUGGAGCAAGAGACCCAGUUCAUCUCCUCCAUAGAACAGCACAGAAUGGCUGCCGGCACGAGGAACCAGGAAAAGGCCAUACAAGCCUUCCUCAACAAGUCUGCAGAGCCAAAGAGAUGGCGUGCAUUUGAUGGGAAGGUGACACAAAUGGACACCCAGUUCACCAUCAGAGCCAAGGAGCUGCGAGACCUGUACAGUAGCGUCACACAGGCUCAAUUCACAAAGGACGAACGCAUGGAUGUGCUACUCACUCUCAAACACACUGUGAAGGAACAUAAAUGCAAGCUGACACAGGACAUAGUGGACUUGAUUGACAGGGAGAUGGACCUGAUGAUGAGGGGUGUGAAAAAGAGCAACCUGGAUGGAUUGAGAAAGAGGAUAUCAACCCUCUUCCUCCAAUACAUCAAAACCCCUCCGUUUAACCCUCAAGUCUCCAAACUUCUACGGGUGCCUCGGGAUCCUGCCGACCUGAAAAAGAACAUCUAUUUGUGUCGUGGCUGUAAUGAGUAUCAGUCAUGCACUGACUUCGCUCUGAAUACUAACACAUCUGCAGUCGGCCUCUGUCACCGCUGUAUGGAGUCUCAAAGAGAAGACUUCUCUCUUUACAAGAACAUUCUGAGAUGCUUGCGUGACACUGAGGCCGAGUGCAGCCCAGAAGCCGAAAUCACUUACCUGCUGCAGGACCAGGACCUUCGGUACCUGGUGGAUGUACUUUGGGGAGCUCAGUCCGCUUUGAGCGGCUGGAAAGACCUUCAUGAUUUAAUGCUGGUGCGCUGGGAGAAGCAUUUGGACUGGAGCCCAUGGAACUGCAUCCUCCUCACGAAGGAAGAGGCCGCUGCACAUCUGAAAAUGGAGAACAUCGAGAAGGCAUACGAUGUGGGAUUGAUCCGUAAUGUUAAGCAGAAACACGCACUGUCCAGGAAGUACUUCUCUCAGAUACCUGCGAUGGCCGAAUGAUUCAGCCUGAUGCCCUCGGCAAACUAACUAUCGCUAAGAGGCUACCCACAAUCCUGUGAGGUGCUCAGGGACAUAUGCAGCUUCACCAUUUCUCUACUUCAGACAGUUUAAGCGUUAUUCCUCAAGAUCAUUUAUCGAAUUUGAAUAUCUUAUAUGAUAAUUAAAACCGAGAGUUACUGGGCCUCUCUCCGUUUUAUUUUCCAUUCUUCGGGAUCAUUCAUUAAUGUUUAUUAGUUAUCAUUAGGCAGUAAAUGAGCAAUGAGUUUUAUGUUUUUUGAUAACUUCUUUGGUAUUUUGUUGGUAAAACAAGCAGCAACACUACAAUCCUGUGAAAAUUGCAGGAUUGGCAUGUUUUCCAUUGUUAAACUUGAGUACAAAAGCUGCAUUUAAAAGGGAGAUCAGACAGAUAAAAAAAUUAAAAUCUCUCCAUGAUUACUCCAUAAUGCCACCACCACGUAAGAAUGAAUUGAAACAUUAUUUCCCGGAACACUUUGAAAGCCUUAAAAAGCUACAGUUCAAGAGGUUUUAAUUAGGCCUUUGCAAAUGAUAUAUAGCCUAGCUCUAAUCAGGAGGUGAGCAAUCUAAGAUCUGCAAUUAUAGGAAAAGGUCAAGGAUGUCCUCCUGCGUUUCCUUCUGAACAAACGUGAACGAAACCAUCAGCAGCACCACAGGACUAACUGCUAAAAAGAACAACUAGCGAUGAAAGGUUUGACUUUUAUUUCUGUCCCUCCAUGGCGUGAGAGUUUAUUAGAAGAGCUCAAUAAAACUGUAUUUAUUAGA